CGGGAAGGGAAGAAAAAGGGGGUCCUCCUUUGCCUUUUCCUAAUUUAAAUCCCGCUCCCCUUCCCGUCUCGUCUCUCGUGACAGAUCCUGUUCAAAGCCAAAGUGGAGGAGAAAAUUUUUCAAAGGGUGCAUGAAUCAUUACACAGUGAGACUAUAACAAAGUCUCCAGACAGCUCUACUCACCAAACUGUUCAAAGUUGACUAUUAAACUUCUCAGUUUAAGCAUUAUGAAAAAGGAAGAAUCUUACAGGGAAGAAUUUAGUUAUGAUAGAAUGCCAACUUUGGAACGUGGAAAACAACAAAAUGGAAGUUAUGUUCCAGAUAUUAAAUCUAGCAAUCUACAGCUCUCCAAAAAAUUUCAUCCUUGUUUCUUUUAUAAAACAUGGAUUUAUUCAUUGCUGAUGGGGACUUGUGUUCUUGUUACAUCUGGAUUUUCUCUUUAUUUGGGGAAUGUUUUUCCAUCUGAAAUGGAUUAUUUGCGCUGUGCAGCAGGUUCAUGUAUUCCCUCAGCAGCAGUGAGUUUUGCCAUAGCCAGAAACAAAGCUAAUGUGAUACCUGAUUUUCAGUUUCUGUUUGUUUCAACAUUUGCGAUUACAACAACAUGUUUAGUUUGGUUUGGAUGCAAGCUUGUCUUAACGCCUACAGCAAUAAACAUAAAUUUCAACCUGAUUCUACUGAUUCUGCUAGAGGUUUUCAUGGCAACUACUGUAAUAAUAUCUGCUAGAUCUAAUGAGGAAUGCUGCAGGAAAAAAAGAACAAUUAUUUAUGAUACUACUAGCACAUUGAAUAAUGUCAACUUCCCAAUACGGAUCCUAAAAUCCUAUUCGGUUGUAGAAGUAAUUAUUGGAAUUUCUGCAGUAUUUGGAGGAAUAAUUGCCUUGCAUAUGGAUGUGCUAAUUUCUGGCCCAUACCUUUCGGUCACUUUUUUUUGGAUCUUAGUUGCUUGCUUUCCCAGUGCUAUUGCAAGUCAUGUUACUGCUGAAUAUCCAAGCAAAUGCUUGGUGGAAGUUCUUAUUGCCAUAAGCAGUAUUACAUCACCCUUGUUAUUCACAGCUUCAGGAUACUUGUCUUUCAGUAUAAUGCGCAUUGUGGACAUGAUUAAAAAUUAUCCACCAACAGUUCAACAGUCUUAUGAUGUGCUACUCUUGCUUCUAAUGCUGAUGCUGUUAGUUCAAGCUUUUCUGACAACUGGGACAGUCAUACUCUGUGUAAAUUUUAAAGCAAAAAUGAAAAUUCAUAAUUCUUUAUGGGCAGAGCCACUAACAAACAAACAAGAAUACAAAACAACAGAGGUCUCCAAUAACAGCAUGAAGGAUUUUGACAAAGAGAAAGCUUGGAAAGCUGUUGUAGUGCAGAUGGCUCAGUAAUCUGCACUAGGGAACCUGAACCAGGGAGAUUUUAGGGCUAAUUAAUCUUUGUUUACAAGAGCAGUGUUAUUAGAUACAAAGCAAUUAAUUUCAUAGCAACUCCAUUGCCCAGAAUGGCUUGAAAACAAUUCUUGCAGCAGAAUAUUAUCAAUAAACAAUAACAUCUUUUAAAAGUUCUAACAGUAUAUGUAUUUG